AUACUAGUAAUAAUAUGAAGUAAAAUGAUACAUAAAAAUGGUAACCUAGCAAUUAUCGAGCAGUGAAAUCGCAUAGGUGACUGAUUUUCAUCAUAGGAUAUUUUAUUUUAGUCGAAUACCUGUGUUUUCUCAAGUCACGAUCGGUUGAUGCGUAUACAUAUUUGAGUUGGUUGCUAUUCAUCAUGGACGGAUUAAAAAAGAUUUUUCUGGUUGUUUGCAUAGCACAUGUAUCUUUCGCCUACAAUUGUAUUCAAAAGUCUUGUGCUGUUGGAUCAUGCACGACAGCAAGUGAGUGUCCAGCUAAUGGCACGAAUGGAUGUGAGGUAUCAUCUGUUGCCGGUGUGGUGUCACAGUCCUGCUCUCAAACAAAAUGCGUAUCAAGCUGGUUGAAUGUUUCCGGAAGUAUAAUCGCAAAAGAUUGUUGUUUCACUGAUAAAUGUAACGUCGAAUCGAUGACUUCAACAGUAGAUGAACCCAAUGUGGACCAGUGUUACGGCAUACAGUGUGAUUCUGAAGGUUGUCUACAGAAAGCAAUUAGAGAAAAGAAAGCCAGGUUGUGUCGUCGAUCUCCAAAUGGUUCUUGCAUGUUUUCAAGAAUUGAUGGUGAUCAGUUUUAUGAGUCAGCUCUUUGUGUGGAAGACACCGGAGAUGUCACCUGCGUUAACGGCGCCAAUUAUAACUUUCCAGAAGGCAUGUCAAUGACAGUCCAUUGCUGUAAAGGGGAACUCUGUAAUGACGGUGUUCAAGAAAAACAACCAGGCGUUGAGUAUUGUUACACUAUCAACUGUAACGGUACAGACUGCAUUGACGAGGCUGUGGCUAAUAACGUAUACACCAUUUGUCCACAGACCGAAUUCGGCUGUAUGACGUCCUAUGUGGCGGGAAUGACCUCCACUACGUGCUCCCCAUUAGCAUGCACGGCUAUGAAUUUAGACACGGUUAAAAUUGAAUGCUGUAAAGGAGACCUUUGCAAUGGGCCACCAGGGUCAACUUCUGAUCAGCCCAACUCUUCUGUAGCCUCUACAACUGACCCUACUUCUGGAGCUGACACGAUCGGAAAUGCGUCGUUUUUCAUAUGCUCGAUUUUCUCAUUUUUUUUUAUCUUACCUUCUGUAUUCUAAAGAUACAUAAGUACAUUUUGUGAAAUGUAAAUAGAAACUGUAAAUGUAAAACAAUUUGGUAUUUUUUUCACUGCGCAGGAAUACUUUGCAUGCUCAAUGAUAAAACUAUAUAGAGGUAAUG